AUGGCACCCUCCCUCGAAGCAGACACCGACGCCUCAACCCUCGACGUCCUCGCCAACCCCCAAAAACAAGCUCCCCAGCUCGUCGCCCCGGAACCAGAACACUGUCCCGGUCCCGAGGCCCCGACCGCCGGCACCGCCUCCUCCUGCGACGGCUGCCCAAACCAGCAAAUCUGCGCCGCGACCGCCAAAACCGGGCCCGACCCCGACAUCCCCCUCAUCUCCGCCCGCCUCUCCGGCAUCCGCCACAAGAUCCUCGUGCUCUCCGGCAAAGGCGGCGUCGGCAAGUCCACCUUCACCACCCUCCUCGCGCAGGCCUUCGCCACCAACGAGGACUCCUCCGUCGGCAUCAUGGACACCGACAUCUGCGGGCCCUCCAUCCCCAAGAUGCUCGGCGUCGAGGCCGAGACCAUCCACGUCUCCGGCGCCGGCUGGUCCCCCGUCUGGGUCAUGGACAACCUCGGCGUCAUGUCCAUCCAGUUCAUGCUGCCUGACCGUAACGCCGCCAUCAUCUGGCGCGGCGCCAAGAAGAACGGCCUCAUCAAGCAGUUCCUCAAGGACGUUGAGUGGGGCGACCUCGACUUUCUCCUGGUCGACACGCCCCCUGGCACCUCGGACGAGCACCUCUCCGUCAACACCUUCCUGCGCGACUCGGGCAUCGACGGCGCCGUCGUCGUGACUACCCCGCAAGAAGUCUCGCUGCUCGACGUCCGCAAGGAGAUCGACUUCUGCCGCAAGGCCGGCAUCCGCAUCCUCGGCCUCGCGGAGAACAUGGCCGGCUUCGUGUGCCCCAAGUGCACGAACCAGAGCGAGAUCUUCCGCGCGACGACCGGCGGCGGGCGCGCGCUGGCGCAGGAGAUGGGCAUUCCGUUCCUGGGCAGCGUGCCGCUGGACCCGCGGAUCGGCAUCGCAUGCGACUACGGCGAGAGCUUCUUUGACAACUUCCCUGACAGCCCCGCGUGUGUUGCGUUCAAGGAGGUUGUGAGGAACGUGAGCAGGCAGAUGGGCUUGAAUGACAAGGAGGUUUUGCCAGAGUGA